AUGAAGAACAGGCUACACAGAUGGAAUGACAAGCUAGUUAAUCAAUCAGGAAGAACUACAUUAGUAAAACAUGUUCUCAAUGCAAUUCAAGUCCAUCAAAUGAGUACUUUUAAGUUUCCAGACAAGUCCAUUGAAGAAUUAGAAAGAGUUCAGAGGCAGUUUUGGCUGAAUAAAACUACUAGAAAUGGUAUUGUUAUCACAGCAUGGAGGAACCUAUGUAGAGACAAAGAUUCUGGAGGUUUGGGUUUCAGAGAUUUAAAGAGUUUUAACAUAGCUCUUUUGGCAAGAUCAUCUUGGAGAUUAUGCAAACAAGAGAGUCAACUAUGGGCAAAAGAUUUAAAAGUAAAACAUUUCCCUAAUACUUCACUUCUUCAUGCACAUGAAAAGAAGAAUGCCACUUGGGCUUGGAAGAGGUUAUACAUCAUCAUUGCUUUCUUUAUAGAUUGUAGUUUCUGGCAGGUUGGGAAUGGUAAAAAAAUCCAUAUUUGGUUGGAUAAAUGGGCUACAGGGGUUGAAGAACAAGUUACUCUAACUGCUGACACCAAUCUCAAUAUACAAGACUUUAAUCUGGUUUCUGAUCUAAUUGAUUAA